AUGUCUGAGUUGCGUGGCUCGCCGCCCCUGUCUCGGGCCCUGGAGGGCGGGUUCGGUGCUCCGCUGGCCGCGCUCAGCUCGCUGGCCGAGGCUCCUCCGCCGGCUCCCAACCCGCACGGCAUCGACCACAUCCUGUCCCGGCCGGCGGUGGGCUCCAACGUCGGUAACCUCCUCACUCCGCGCCUCUCCCUGGCGGCGGCGGCGGCCGGCAUGGCGCACUACCUCCAACACAAGCCGCUCUACUGGCCGGGCUUCCAGGGGCUCGUCUCCAACCCCAUGGCCUGGAGAGAGCGACUACAGUCCAUGAGUAACGGCGCGCUGUCGGCGUGCGGCGGGCAGGGUCUGGACAAGGAGGGCAAGAAGAAACACACCAGACCCACCUUCAGCGGACAACAGAUCUUCGCCCUGGAGAAGACCUUCGAACAGACCAAAUACCUCGCGGGGCCCGAGAGAGCCAAGCUGGCCUACGCUCUGGGCAUGACCGAGUCACAAGUUAAGGUGUGGUUCCAGAACAGAAGAACCAAGUGGAGGAAAAAGCACGCGGCGGAGAUGGCCACCGCGAAACGCAAGCAGGAGGAGCUGGGCGAGGAGUGUGACGACCCUGAACACGAGCCCGAGCCCUGCAGCGAUGAUGAUGACGCCAAGCGGCCACGGCUGGACCCUUACAGACAGUGA